GCAUUUUUCAUCUUUUUUCAAGGAAAAACUUUCCCCUGAAACAUGGUAGAAAAAUCUGAAGAAUGCUGAUAUUCCAUCUGACUGAAUGGAAUUUGUGGUGCAAUUGCAGUGUCCAGCAAGCACUGAAUGAAUCUUUUCAAACUUUGGAUAUGUAAAUUCAGAACUGAGGAAUAGGCCCCAUCUCUCCACUACCUCAGAGUUGGUCUUCUGCUACAAAAUGCUGCAUGGCCAAAUGGACCUGGACCAGUUGUCUGCAGCUCUGUGCGCUUCUGAUUGCGUUGCUUAAUGCUUCAAGUCUACAGCUCUACGUUAUUGUUGUUUUAACGUCAUCGAAUAUUUUCAACUUUUGUUUAUGUAAUAUAGAAAACUGAAAUAUGUCAACAUAUAUAACCUUCUUCAAGAAAGUACCUAACCAAAAUGUAUGCAGACUUUCUGAUCAGUAUUAAUUACAAAUCUCAGAAUUACACCCACUGCAGUUUUACUUUUUAUUUGUGCAACCCUAUAUUAAUCUCUGAAUCUACUGCCUCAUGUAACCACAGUUUGAAUAUGUAACUAAAACUAAGUGUAAUGUGGUAUGCUUAAUGAAACCAUUUUUAAAAUAGAAAAUGCCUAGCUAGUUAUUCCCAGGGAGGUAAAAACCAGGAUUUUAUCUGGUAAAACCCAGCCCUGGUAGGAACUAUGAUAUAUCCCCAUUGGGAGAGUACCAGGGCAGCACCUGCUGUUGUAGCCCAUGCAUUACAAUUAUUGCUGCAGAACAUUUGCACUUUUUGUUCGGCGUUUGUACACUGCCUAGCACUGGGGGCCCUGGUCCAUGAUUUGGGCUCCUAAGUGCUAUGGUAAUACUACCUCUACUAAUGCUUUGUGGCCUAGGUGGAAAAAUCAGUUUCCCAAGUUUUCAUGAAGAUUCUCUGCAAAGCCUCUGGGCAUUUGAUUCUGCAUAAGGAAUUUGCUAUCUUUUCAGAAAGACAUAAUGUUUUGAGAGAUUGUUGUAGACAAGUGACUAUUAUUUGAGAGAUUGUUAUGGACAGGGCAUAACACUGGCGGAGUUCAACAGAUUAUCUUUUGAUAUGAUUUUGAUGAGUCCUCCAUGUCAGCCAUUUACAAGAAUUGGCCUGCAAGGUGAUGUAUCUGAUCCAAGGACAAACAGUUUUCUUUACAUCCUUGAUAUUCUCCCAAGGCUUCAGAGGCUACCAAAAUAUAUACUUUUAGAAAAUGUGAAAGGAUUUGAAACGUCUUCUGCCAGAGACAAACUUGUAGAAACUCUAAAGAAGUGUGGAUUUAAAUACCAAGAAUUUCUCUUGUCUCCAACAUGUCUUGGCAUUCCCAAUUCCAGGCUGCGAUAUUUUCUGAUUGCAAAGCUUCAGUCAGAGUUAUUUUCCUUUCAAGCUCCUGGUCAGAUAUUGGAAAAUUUCCCAGACCAGGAGCCAAAAGCUUCAGUGAAGCACAGAGUCGCUGCAAGCUUGGAAAAAGAGAGCGGCUUCAUGCCACCCAAAGAGGAGUACAUUGAUCCAAACUCUGGUUCUGAUGGUGGCAGUGGACAGUGUUUGCAGAAGGAAGCAUUUGUUUUUAAACUCGAAACAGUGAAAGAAAUGGAACAGAAGUGGAACCAGGACAGUAAUCUCUCUAUUCAAAUGCUAAAAGACUUCCUUGAAGAGGAUGGAGAAGAAAUGAGUCAGUACUUGUUGCCACCAAAGGCCUUACUGCGCUAUGCUUUUCUCUUAGACAUUGUGACACCCAGCUGCAGGAGAUCCACAUGCUUCACAAAAGGGUAUAGUCACUAUGUAGAAGGAACAGGGUCAGUGCUGCAGACAGCAGAGGAUUUGCAGCUACAAUCAGUGUUUAAAUCCAUUGAGAUGCUAUCAGAAGGAGAGAAGCUUAUGAAACUGUCAACACUAAAACUGCGAUAUUUUACUCCUAGAGAAGUAGCAAAUCUCCAUGGAUUCCCUCCAGAAUUUGGUUUUCCUGACAAGAUAACAAUAAAGCAACGCUACCGCCUCCUGGGAAACAGUCUCAAUGUACAUGUAGUGGCUAAACUGAUCUCACUUCUGACUGGAUGAUUUUUAACCCAAACUUGAUGAGUACUGUCUGGCAUAGGUCCUGCUAACUCGGAAUGUACUUUCCUUCUUUGAGAGACUUAGUAAAAGUUGUGGCAGCUUUACAAAAAUCAUCACUAACGUUUUAAAUAUCCUGCAAAGUAUCUAUCUGGAAUAGAUUUAUUCUGCUGAACAACUGGUAUAUCUUGAGUACCUUUGUUUAUGGAGGAUCUGAACUGUUGUAGCAAACAGUUACACUACUAAAAUGGAAGUUGCCAAUACUGACCCUAUUUAAAUUUUAUUUAUAUCUUGUAAAAUACGAACUGCAGCACUUGCCAAUGAAAACAGGUAAAACCGUCACUUCAUCUUAAAACAAGUCUGUCUAGAAGCUGUCGUUUAAAAUAAAACAUGUGACUGGCAGUUAUUUUAAUAAAGUUCAGAUAAUGUGUUCUACAUGUAGAAUAUCUUUAGCUGUAAAUAUUAGCUUGCUCUAGUCUUAAAAAAAAAAAGCUACUGUGAAUAUCUUCUGACAAUUUAUUGUAAUUUUGAUAAGUUUUUACAAUAAAUGUAAUUUUUGUAAAACUGAUAAGUUCAGUAUUUAUAUAUAAUAUUUUUUUAAAUAGACCUGAUGCCAAAUCUAACAUAAGUAUCCAUCUAAUCUUUCUGGGUACUUAUUACUCCAGCUCACAAUCACGGCUGAGCCUGGUGUGAAUUGUUUAAUGGUAACCUUAGAAAAAUUACAACCCUGACACUGA